GGAGUGGCUGACAACAUUGCCGUUUGACAAGCAAUGAGUGGCCACCCACCAUGAUUUUAGGAAUGGUUGCAACUUAUGCAGGGGACACUUAGCUGACUUGACUCACGUUUCUGCAGCAUCCUGGGGUUCUUCCCCCAGACUGGCCACAAAUUCGUGCGACCCGAGGCGCUAAAUGGCCAGGAAGUUUUUUUCCAUGACAGAACCGGCAUUCGCCAAGUUUUUUGGCUUGGCGGAGGCCGACAGAAAGGCCAUUGGCAGUUUGCGGGCUUUUUCCGGGGCGCUGGGCUGGCCAAUUGCGCAUGGGUGAUCACACAAUAAACAUCGUGGGCAGAGGAGGGCUGAUGGUGGGCGUCGGCAUUCAGCGGCCCAAGGGCCCAAAAGCAACUUUUGCGGUGCAGCGGGACGAAGAGCAUGGGAGGGUCGCAGAAGUUCUUCCGCAGCAGCAGAGUUUGCGCGGCCGGGCCCUUCUGCUGAGUGCGAGCGAGAGAGCCUACCUCGCAGCUCUCCACACGGGCGACCGCAGUCAAUUGAUCGAGUUCUUUCCAGAGGUGAGCUUGAAAUCGAUCGAGCGAAGCUCAGAUCUCUUCAGUGACGAAACCUUUGUCAUAGCAGCGCUGGCAUUGGCGGGCUUAUUCGCUUCCAUGAUGCAACCUGUCCCGGACGACCUGAAGGUCGGUGCGCGGGUGCAGGUUUUGGGCAAGCUGAUGGGCACGGUGAAGUUUGUGGGGUCAACCAAGUUUGCCCCCGGCCCCUGGGUGGGCGUGGAGCUGGACUGCCCGGAGGGGAAGAACGACGGAACUGUCCAGGGCGAACGGUAUUUCGAGGCCAAGGUGGGCCACGGCAUCUUCGCCCGGCCCAACUCGGUGUCUGUGAGGGAGGAGGAGACUCCUAUGGCCAUGCCUGGGGAGAUUCCCGAGGAGAAGAAAGAGGAGAAGGCCGCAGCGGCUGAGCCAGAGCCAGCUGAGCCAGAGGCUGGCACUCUCUGGCAGCGGCGGCACAGCAUCGAAGCAGACCUCAGUAACGACAUUUGUGUCGAAGAACGGGUCGACCUGAUGAGCAUCCUUGGUGGAUGCGCCGACGAAAUGCAGCACUUGAGUGAGGCAGUGGACAAGUUAGCAGAGAGCUUCGGAGAGGCUGCAACGUCUGGAGAGGAGGUCUCGCCUGCUGGCCUUCAGGAGGCGCCUUACGUGGCCUUGCGGGUGGCCGGAUGGCCAUGCAUGGUCAAUCCUGGGUGGGCACGGAUCCAUAUGGCUCCGUAG